ACUUUCCUUCCAUCCUUCCAGCUCUCAGCUUCAUUUGCCCUCAGACUACAACUAUAGAGCGCUUCCACACUGAACCCGAGCUGCACUUUUGAACUAUUACAUCUCACUUCAAACUGUUUAUGGGUGCAUUAUGAGUCGGCUGGAGGAGAUUUGUUUUCGGCCGCACAGAAUGGACUUGGAGGAGGAUUUCUACUCGUAUGGAGACGGAGGCGAGGUGCGCGCGGCGCUGCGCCGGAAGGAAGAAGAGCUCGUGCUCGCGGCUCAGCUCGGGAACGCGCUUCUGACCGAGAACAGACAGCUGAAGGAGGAGAACAACAAACUUCAAGAGCAAUACACGGAAAAAAUCGAGGAGCUGGAGCAGGACAGACACAAUCUAAGGCUGAAGCUGCAGGGAUGCCAAGCUCUGUGGGAGAGUCAGGUGGGUGAGCUGGAGCGGGACAUCCAAGCGUUGAAUGCCCACACUGAGCGACUGACAUGGCAACUGAGCGAGGCAGAGAGAGAGAAGAGUCGGAGUGAAGAGCAACACAACGAGAUCAGUCAGCAGCUUCAGGAACAGCUCCAGGCGGCUAUGGAGGUGAAACUGGCCAUCACGGCUGAGCUGCAGAGCCUGAAGCAGGAGCUGGGGGAGAAGGGCCAUCCAAGUCCACAAGAUGAGGAACUGCUCAGUGCCCUUAAAGAACAAGUUACAAGACUGAUGCAGCGGGAGCAGUCCCUGGAACAGCGGUUGGAGACAGUGUGCAAGGAGAACGCCGAGCUGAGAGACAGUGUGUCCUCGUUAUACGCACAACUGGCCUUGCAUGAGCAAGAGAGUAAUAUGCAAACACAACAGCUGACAGAGGCCUGGCAGGAGGUGGAGCUAGCAAAAGACAGAGUUCAAGAACUACAGUCUCAGAUAGAGGAACUACAGGAAGAGGUUUCCCUCCAGAGGACCACUGAUGGGGACACAUCCCUGCUUUCAGAGAUGGAGCAUAGUUUAGACUCCAUGAACUGGAUCCAAGACAAGAAGCACGUUAUACAAGAAGUGAGCGCUAUCUUAGACAUGCUGCUUCCUGUUUCCUAUGGCUCUGAGGCUCCAUCUAAUCAAGAAGAUAGUCUGCAAGGCAGGCUGGGGCAGCUUAAGAGUGUGGCAGAAAGGAUUGUGCACAAUGAGACACUUCAGGAGCUGAACAGACCCAUUGUGGGAGGAGACAUGGCGCUGUGCGAGAAUACAGCCUGGAUACAGGAGCUGCGAGAUCAGAAUGCACAGCUAUUAAAAGAGAACGCUGAACUCAGGCUCAAAGCUGACAGCAGGCUGGACGAAGAGAUCAUUCAAAGAGCUAUAAAGGACAGAGAUGACGCCAUUUCAAAGAAAACGGCAGUGGAGGCAGAACUGGUGCGGAGCAGAAAUGACAUGAUGUAUCUGAACAACCAGCUGCUGGAGGCCAUCCAGCGUAAACUAGAGCUGUCUCAGGAACUGGAGGCCUGGCAGGAUGACAUCCAGGUCAUCAUUAACCAGCAGCUGAAGAGCCAGACAGAGCAGCAGAUGCAGUCAAAGCGGUCUGGAGGCAACCGUCUCUCUUUUUUCCGCAAACCACUGAAAGCAUCCACUUCUGUGUCCUGCAUACCGGAGACCACGACAGUGCCCAACCGUUCGCCCUGGAGAAACUGGCUCAAAGUGGCCAAAUAAACAACACUAACAGACAGCACAGGAAAUGAGCGCACACACUGCUGUAUGCAGUGCAUCUGGAGUGUACCAGCACCAGAAUAUCAAAUAUGUGACUCUGCAGGCUGUGCAUUUUUAGCUCUCAGGUAAGAGUAAAGCAAGCAUUGAGACAGUCACUGUAUGAAUCCGCUCUUAAAACACUACUAUAUAAUAUCUUCUUCCUGGACAAAGGUGGAUCACUUUAACCUAAUUUUGACCUGAAAUCAAGUGCAUGGUUAUUUAAAACCACACCUGACACUGAUGUGUGGUAUUGGGGAACUAAAGAUCACUUGAGGAUCACAUAUACUGUAUUUACUGGUUAUGCUUAUAUUAUUUAUUUAAAAACAAGGGAACAAAUCUAUAAUUUACUGGCUGCUCUUGGAUGUUAAAACACUUCUAGGAAAUUCAGGGAAACCAUUUCUAUUGCAAUGAACUGCAUCAUUUAAAAUAUGCACGAGUAAAUGGAAAUGUGUUAAUAUGGCGUCAAAGUCUCCGAAACUUAUAAGAACCUCCCUGAAUAUUCUGCUUUUGUAAAUAUUUUGUAUUAAAUAUGGAACAAUAACUCAAAUUGAGUUGACAGUAUUAAAAUAAAACAUUGUUGAAUAUGAAUGUCAAGGUCCUGUUGUAUGAAGGAAAUGGGUUGAUAUUUCAGUAUUUAGCCUAUGUGCCACGUCACCUCCUCAUAUCCAACUGCUCAUAUCUUUGUACAUGAAUGUCCUACAUGUCUGAAGAAAGGGUCUGUCUCAUUUGUUCGUGGUCUGGCACAUUUGUACUUGAAGUGUUUCAUUAAGUGUUUGAGAGAUGUGAAAGUACUGCAGACUCGUACUUUAUAAUCCAUCAGGUUAAUCCAUCUGCUAGGACAGAUUUCUGGUCUAGUCCUUCAGGAAGGUCAUUACUUUUUCUUUUUUUGGUAUCUACUUGGCUCAAGAGUGCUAAGUAACUGAACAGAACACAAAGAGAAAGGAUCAAAAGUCUAUAUGGCUGCCCUAUGAAGUUAAACAGUUAAACCCAGUUUAGUAUUUUUAUAUUAUUAUUAUUAUUAUUAUUAUUAUUAUUAUAAAUAAAUAUGGUUGUGAAUGCAUGUUUAUAAUGUAUAUAAUAACUCAUGUGGACUCUUGUCUUACAUUGUAAAAUAAAGGUUUUUUUUUCAAUA